AUGAUGGGCUACAAGGAGAUCGUCCCUAUUGGGACUGGUCUUAUUCUUUUUGCUAGUGGGUUUUCUCUCGGUAUUAUUUAUGGUCAAUGGCCAUGGGAUUUAAAUACUCUUUGGAGAUAUGAUGAAACUGGUGCUGCUUUUGAAAAAACUUUAGCUAUGUAUAAGGUUUGGAAUGAAUCUCCUCUUUAUGUUCAUUAUCUUUUACAUUUUGUAUUUGUCUUGGGUCUUAUUGGACAUUUCAUUAAGUUGUAUAAACCAACAGAUGACACCAUGUACUUCCAUUACGGUUCUUUAGGAUUGUUUGUUCUUGCCAUAGUCAUCUACUUGACUAACUUGAGAAUCGGUUUACAAAGUGUUGAUCAUGGUGAUUGGGGUGAAGUGGAUUAUCAAACUGGGUUAAAUGUCAUGGCUGCUUCAAAAAUGAUGAUUGUUGUGAUAUUGGUUGGUGUCUUGUUUUUACAAGGUGGUUUAUACUAUGCUACUUGGUAUGAUGCGGAAUUGAAGAGAGAAUUUUUGGAAAGGGAAGCAGCUUUGGAAGCUGCCGAAUUACAGAAGCAAUUGGCAGCGGAAGGUAAAGAUAGUGAAAUCACUAUUGAACCUGAACAAGUUGAAAUCUCUACAAAGAAAUCAACAACUGCCUCCGGCUCAAAGAGUAAGAAGGGUAAGAAGAGAAAGGAAUAA